GAGCUCAUUGAUGACGCGACCCUCACGUGACCAGGAGUCGACGUGUGCAGAAGUCCUUAUAGUCCAGGGCCUGUUUCCCUGUAGCAGCUCCCUAUUGCUGGAGGAGAAAAGUGCCCCGGAUCCUUUCAGGACUCUUGGUCUUUUGGGAGCGACCCAAAUCGAGUGAGGGAAGAGGGAGGAAAAUCCCCUGGAUCCCUGCAGGAUUAAUUUAUUCAGGAAGGAAAUAAGAGAAAAAUACUCAACAUGCAAAAGUCUUGUGAAGAAAAUGAAGGAAAAGCACAGAACAUGCCAAAGGCUGAGGAAGACCGCCCUAUGGAAGCUGUACCACAGGAGGCAGAAAGAAAUCCUCUACCUUCUGAAGAAGGUGUAAGCCAGGAAGCAGAACGAAACCUUAGAGGAGGGCUGACUCAGCCUGGUCAGGGAUAUAAAGAGGACACUCCAGUUAGGCAUUUGGACCCAGAAGAAAUGAUAAGAGGAGUAGAUGAGUUGGAAAGGCUUAGGGAAGAGAUAAGAAGAGUAAGAAACAAAUUUGUGAUGAUGCAUUGGAAACAAAGACAUUCACGCAGCCGUCCUUAUCCUGUGUGCUUUAGGCCUUGAAUUCUUUUUUUUUUUUCUGUCUGAUAUUAAAAUCUGGCCCCUGCUUUCUUUCUGUUAGCAUUUUCUGAUGUAUCUUUGACUUUUGUUUUAUUUUUAAUCAUCUGGUGGAGUUUUGUUUUAAGGUAGUGUCCUUAUUACCAGCAUCUGGAUUUUGUAUUUUGACACAUUCUCCAGGUCUGUUUUUCAAUUGGGAAGUUUCACACAUAUGCAUGAAAAUAUGUUCAUUCCAUAUUGUAAAGUAAAACAUAACAGGUUACAAAGCAGCAUAUUUAGUAUCAGCUCACAUAUGUAGGAGAAAAUCUCAAAUUGUGUGUGUGUGCGUGUGCGUGUGUAUACAUACAUACAUAUAUCAAAAAUUUAACUGUGCUUAUUUCUGUGUGGUGUGAGUUUUUUUCUUUUUGCUUAUAUGUAUUUUUUAAUGAACACGUCACACAUACAAAAAGAAUUAAUUUUUUUUUUUAUAAUUAAGAGUCAAUGAAAUAAUUUGCAACCAGCUUAUAAGGGCAAUGGGGGCACCUAAAUUCUUGAUGAAAGAACUAUUAAAAAAAAUGUAAACCUCAAAUUACCUCUGGAUCUCUUAGCCAGAGGAAUAAAACUGGCAGUUAUUACAGAUA